AUGGAGAUGCAGAUCCCAUAUUCCAUCAUCUUCUUCACUUUCUUCUGCUUUUUCUUUGUCAUCCACAAGCUAUCUUCUUCCGCAAAAUCCAUCAAAACCCUACCUCCAGGGCCAUGGAAAUUACCUCUCAUAGGAAAUAUGCACCAGCUCAUUGGGUCACUACCUCAUCGUUCUCUCGCAAAUCUUGCAAACAAGUAUGGUCCAUUCAUGCACCUUAAACUUGGACAAAUUUCUCAUAUCAUAGUGUCUUCACCUGAAUAUGCCAAAGAAAUAAUGAAGACCCAUGAUCAGAUAUUUGCAAACAGACCCAGAAUUCUCGCCUCUGAUAUCUUUGCCUACAAUAGCACAGACAUCAUCUUUUCCCCAUAUGGAAACUAUUGGAGGCAACUUCGAAAGAUCUGUACUUCAGAGAUGUUCUCGGCAAAGAGGGUUCAAUCAUUCAGAAGGAUUAGGGAAGAGGAGAUAUCAGCACUUGUAAGCAAUAUUGCUGAACAUGAAGGCUCGUUCAUAAACCUUAGUAGAAAUAUCUCCACGCUCACGAAUUCCAUAGUUGCGAGAACGGUCUUUGGGACAAAGACAAAGAACGUAGAACAGAUGUUGGAAAUUAUGGAGCAAACGAUAAAGUUAAGCUCUGGGUUAUCAAUUUCUGAUUUGUAUCCGUCGCUGAAAUUUAUCAGUGUGAUCACUGGGGCGAGAGCUCGAAUCAUGAAGUUGCACAGAGAGGGAGAUAAGGUGUUUGAUGACAUCAUCAGAGACCACAGAGAAAAGAAAAGAAACAAUGUUGGAGAGGCAGAGGAGGAUCUUGUUGAUGUUCUUCUCACGAUUCAAAAGGAUAAUGACUUUGACACCCCCUUAUCUCUUGACAAUGUUAAAGCUGUUCUUAAAGAUAUUUUCUUUGCUGGAACUCAAACAACAGCAACUACAACAGAAUGGGCGAUGUCAGAAUUACUCAGAAACCCAAAGGUUAUGAAAGAGGCACGAGAAGAGGUAAGAAGAGUCUAUGGAAGCAAAGGAUAUGUAGAUGAAUCAAAUCUUCACCAACUGAAAUAUUUAAAUGCGGUCAUCAAAGAAACUCUAAGGCUACGUUCACCAUUAGCAUUGUUGGUUCCAAGAGAAAAUAGUGAGAGUUGUGAAAUUAAUGGAUAUGUGAUACCUCCUAGGACAAAGAUUAUCAUUAAUGCUUGGGCCAUCGGAAGAGAUCCCAAGAAUUGGAAUGAUCCAGAGACGUUUGAACCAAAGAGGUUUCUCAAUACGAUGGUUGACUACAACUUCAAAGGUUCGAACUUUGAGUAUAUCCCAUUUGGCGCCGGAAGAAGAACAUGUCCCGGAUCCACAUUUGCAAUGCCUAUUUUAGAAUUGUUACUUUCCAAUUUACUUUAUCGUUUUGAUUGGAAACUACCGAAGGGGAUGAGGCCUGAGGAAUUGGACAUGGAUGAGUCGUUUGGUGGCUUCGUAAGGAAGAAAAAUAAUCUCAUUUUAGCUCCUAUCGGCUAUUCCUCUUGAGUUUAUAGUGCACAUGUUUAUUCCGCGAAUAAUGAUGUC